GGCGAGUGGAAGGUUAUGUAGUGGUGGUGAAGGCAGCAGUCGCUCCUCUACCUUGGAUCAAACACUCUUCCCACGUCCCAGAGUGACAUAGUGAAGGAUAUAAGCGUGAAGAUGAUGGCCGGGACAUAAUGUCCAGCAGCUGACACCACAUGGAGCAGAGGAUGAUGGAGGGUGGAGUGGUGGCCAGUGUCCCACCUGUAGCACCACCUACAGUUAAGCUGAAGUGGGCAGAGCAUCUCACCACCUCGUGGCUUGCUGAAGACUGCCAGGCCAUAGCAUUGAGGGACUCCACACUUGUUCUCUAUGACAGACUGCUGGAAAACAAGGAGGUGGUGGUGGUGGCUGGCCCUGGAUGUGUGAUGCGUGGGGGGCCACAAUUGCCAGACUAUGAACCAGAACCUCCCUCGCCAGCAGACCAGCUCAGCCACGUCAAUGCUCUGUUGGCAUCACAAGCUGCUCUCGCUCGGUCCACUGCUGCUCAGCCACGGUUCUCAGCAUUAUUACACAAAAGAUUGAUUGUGCUUCAGAGGAUAUACCAUGCGUUGUCACGCAGCUUCCAUCAGGGUGCGAGAGAGAGAGACCGGGCUCUUACUGGGACCAGUGAACGUGGACCAUCAACUGACAUUCAGGGUGGAGGAGUUUCUCUCUCGGCAAAUGAAGCUCUGGUGGAGCUGGGAGUACACACGGGCUUGUCUCUCCUCUUCUCCAUCCUCAGGCUUGGCUGGAUGAAUAAUAGUGGUGGGAGUUUAUGCUCGGAGGUGCUAGGAACUGCUGUGGCUGUGGUACAAGCGCUGCCUCCCUUGUCACUAGCUGUUGAAUCAAAAUUGCCUCGUGUGGGGCUAGCAUCCCUCUCACAGCUGACCACUUUCCUUGGAGAGACUACCAAGCCUUCAUCUCCUGCUGACCCAACAGGUCGUAAACUGAGUGCAGAACUGCUGUUAGGUUUGAGCCUUCAGAGGGGUUCUCUCCGGUACUUACUGGAGUGGGUUCACAUGGCACUGAGUGCAGCUACCACAGCUGCGGAAGAUUCCAGGGAUGGAACAUGCAUUAGCAACAACUGUCUUCAAGAGGUGAUGAGUUCCUUAGCUCAGAGUGGAGAAGGUUUUGUAGGUGGCAUGCCAGGUGUGUCUCAUCCAGAUGGCACAGUGCCACUCUACCAUGCUGCUCUUAUCCUCAUGGAAAAACUCUCACUCUUGGCUUGUGAAUACGCUCGCACAUGUAUUGGCGAUUCGUGUGAUGAGGUGACUGAGAACAAUGAAUCGUGUGAUGUGUAUGUUUGGGGCAGCAACUCGUCACACCAGCUGGCAGAGGGCACCCAAGACAAGAUCCUUGCCCCAAAAUUAACUCAUGCCUUUAAUAGCGUCCAACAGGUUGAAGCAGGCCAGUACUGUACGUUUGUGGUACACAAAGAUGGUGGAAUCAGUGCUUGUGGUAAGGGAAGCUACGGUCGCCUAGGUCUGGGAGACUCUAACAACCAGGCCUCGCCCAGAAGACUCAAUCUUGACACCAGAAUAAGAAGAGUUUCAUCUUCAAAGGGAAGCGACGGCCACACAAUAGCACAUUCGACAUCUGGCCAGGUCUACACUUGGGGAGAUGGUCAUGGGGACAGUACAAGUCGCAAUGUACCUACACUUGUCCGUGAUAUAUCUGGUGUGGGUCAAGUCGUGUGUGGUAGUGCCCACACACUGGCUCUCUCAGCUGAUAGUCGAACUGUGUGGUCUUUUGGCUCGGGAGACCAUGGCAAGCUUGGUCACGGCGACACGGCAAAGGUGUAUCGACCUCGGGUCAUAGAUGCUCUACAGGGCCUUACAAUACGUAAGCUCACCACAGGAACCCAGGUCUCCUUUGCCCUUGCGGCUCAUGGCCAGGUUAGUUACUUUAAACAUUUUAAUUAAAAACUUCAGGCUGAA